UGCAACAUCUUCUGUUCAUAAUUUAGCGUUCCACUUAUUUAGUAUCUAUAAAACCCAGAGACGAAUACCUAAGGUAGUCCCAGUCUACUGUUCUUGUAUCAAACGCUUGACUUGGCCAAUAUAAUCAAUCGCAAUGAUCGGGAGAAGUAAAUCAAGCCUAAACCUAAACGACUCAACCCAAACCCAAGUCGAAAGACCUACAAGAAACCUCCAGAGAAUGCGAAACAGCAUCACAACGGAUAGCAUUGACACACUACGGACAACGCUGAAAGCUGCGCCGCUGAUGAAGUCGGUACGGUUUCAUGGACCCGGGGAUAUCCGGGUCGACGAGAUUGAUGAGCCGUUUUGUAGAGCGGGAGAGGUUAAGAUUCGGCCUGCUUUUGUUGGGAUUUGUGGGAGUGGUAUGUCUUCCUCUGGAAGGUUUGAUGAGCAAAUGUGCUGACGACGCAGAUCUGCACGAGUAUAUGAGUGGGCCGAUUUUGAUUCCGAAAGAACCGCAUAAUAUCACAAAGACGAAAUUUCCCGUGACGAUGGGGCAUGAGUUCGCG